AUGUUGUACAGAAAAUUGUCUAAAACCAAAGAAUCCUCCAUCGAACCUGAUUCAUCGAAGUAUCCGAGAUCCAUUUUUCUCAUCAUCGCAACGGAAUUUUGCGAAAGGUUUUCGUUCUGUGGAUUAAGAACCAUCUUGUCCCUUUACCUAAGAAACGUACUACUUUUUCAUGAAAAUGGAGCCACCGUCAUUUACCAUGUAUUCAUUAUGCUGUGCUACUUUGUCCCAGUUGUUGGAGCGAUCCUUGCCGAUAGUUACUUGGGCCGAUUCAGGACCAUUCUUUACUUUUCGGUAAUAUAUGCCAUUGGAAAUAUCUUGAUGUGCUUUGCUGCGACACCGCCAAUAGCCAUUUGUCCAGUAGCGAUGACUUACAUUGGGCUGAUAUUGAUCGCAUGGGGUACAGGAGGCAUUAAACCAUGCGUAGCAGCUUUUGGCGGAGACCAGUUUCACCUCCCUCAGCAGCAAUUGAGACUGCAGCAAUUCUUUUCCAUAUUUUAUUUCACCAUAAACUUUGGCGGUUUUAUGGGAAUGGUGCUCACGCCGAUACUGCGCAAAGCUUUCACUUGCUUCGGAGAUGACACGUGUUAUGCUCUAGGAUUUGGGUUUCCUGCUGCCCUCAUGGUCACUGCGCUCUUUCUCUUCUUACUGGGUAAACCACUUUACCGAUUGAAGUACCCAAAGGAAAACAUCAUGUUGAAUUUCAUCAACUGCGUCACGUUUGCAGCGAAGCGAAGAUUCGUUGAGAGGAAAUCCCACCGGCGUGAAAAUCACUGGCUAGAUUAUGCUGCCGAUAAAUUUCCACCGAAACUUAUCGCGGAAGUGAAGAUAGUUCUGGCAAUUCUCUUCCUGUACAUACCCCUGCCGUUGUUUUGGAGUUUAUUCGAUCAACAGGGGUCUCGGUGGACUUUCCAAGCCUCACGAAUGAACGGUGCAUUUCUGGGGACUCAGCUGCUGCCUGAUCAAAUGCAGGUGAUUAAUCCGGCAAUGGUGUUAAUGCUGAUUCCACUCUUCGAUAAGAGCGUUUAUCCAUGGUUUGAAGGAAGAGGUCUACUUUCAUCCCCUUUACAUCGCAUGAUCGUCGGUGGAAUACUCGCUGGUUUAGCAUUCGUAACCAGUGGCUGUCUGGAAUUAAAACUAGAGGAAACUUAUCCAGUUUUACCGGACAGAGGCGAAGCGACAUUGAAUUUUAUAAACACGCUUCAGUGUGACGUCGGUUUCUUGGCUUCUUUCGAGUCGGACAUAACUCUGAUUGCCGGUGAGAGGAAGGUCUUCAAUGUCACAGCCCACAACGUAACCAAAUACGAUGUUUACUUGGUUGCACCGCCGCUAUGCUGGGGAGUUGAAUUGGAAAAUCCAACAUUAACGAUUGUGGUCACUGCCACGGAGUCUCAAGUCGAUACUUUCGUUAUUGGCUUGGUAGAAAGAGACUUGAAAGUAUUUGAAGCCGACGCUGAUGAGUUCAAGAAGUCUCUUAGCGGCCGACCUAAAGUUCGUACGAUAUUCUUGCGAGGAUCCAGGACCUUGACCAACGUCACGAUCUCAUUGAAGAGUGACAGUGGAUUGGAGGAUAUGUAUUUCGUACCGAACGAUGAUCCCCUUUCAAUGUCUGCAUACGUCGAGUUGGAACCUGGAUCAUUUCACUACUCCGUCCAUUAUGGGAACGAUACUUCUGACGCGGAUGACGGAGAUGUCGUUGACCUUGAACUGGGAGCUGUUUAUACGCUGGUGCUGAGAGAAUACCUCGAUGACAUUGUCGUGAGUUACUUAUUGACAGUUGAACCUCGAUACCUAAACCCACUGUCGAUUGAUACUGACACGACUCUGAUUUCGCAGUUUCACAAGCUGUUCACAAUGACGCCACCGAACAAAAUUCACAUGUUGUGGUUGAUUCCGCAGUACCUCUUCAUCUCCAUGGCUGAAGUAAUGUUCGCCAUUUCCGGAUUAGAAUUCUCCUUCACUCAGGCUCCAAACAGCAUGAAGACUGUCACCAUUGCUGCUUGGUACGUCAGUGUAGCACUUGGUAAUUUCAUGGUAAUCAUCAUCACGCAGGCACGCUUAUUCAGAAGUCAGGCCCACGAAUUCUUUUUGUUCGCCGGUUUGAUCCUCGUAAACAUGGUGACGUUUACCGCGAUGGUGGGAAGAUAUAACUUCGUCGUUCUGGAAACUGAUUCAAGCUCGACGUUGAACAGCAAAACUAUCGAAAAACCCGAAGUCUUACCCCUUCUGAAACCCACCCUUAUAGCUUCGUACAUUCGUGGUCCUUCCGUGACUUUGACGACUAUCGCAGCGUCGACUUCGAAAUCUAGCAAAUGGUAA